UUUGUCUCCUCCCUCUAGAUGAGUAUUGAGGACUUCACCAUGUACGGAGGGGCAUUUGGCAACAAGCAGGACAGUGCCUUCCCUAACCUAGAGGGGGCGCUCCUCUCCAGCCCUUCCCCGUUGGUCCUGCCUACCGUGGCCUGGCAAGCAUCCAAUGCUGUGAUUGGUCAACUCCAGGACCAAUUAGACACCUCUCCUCUCUACAUGGACCCAGAGAUGCUCAGCCAGCUACGACUCAAUGCUUCUUCCCCCGCCCUGCUGGUCUUCAGACUACCCUACAGCACCGGGGCCAAUCUGAUGACCGUGAAGGAGGUUCUCAGCGGGAAUGAUGAGGUGAUUGGACAGGUGAUGAACAUUAUGAAGAGCCAGUCUGUCCCCUACACUGCCGUCUACACCGCAGUGAGACCCUCACGGCAGGUGCCAUCUAUUUCAAUGGAUAUGGAGGCUGGUGUAAGAGGAGGUCGCUCUCUAUUGCAGUACGGAGACAGAAAGAGGGAGAGAGAGAGACAGAGGGAGAAGGAAAGGGCAGAGAAGAAGGUCAACGACAGGACAUCAGACAGGACAGGAGUCUACCCACCAGUGGAGUAUAAGGAGGGCGGAGGCGGCUGUAUCAUGCUGUGGGCGGAGAACCUGACCGUGAGCGUGCUCCGUGGUGGUCGCUGGGAACGACACGACCUCACCUCUCUGACCUUUGGAGAGGGCGUGACCCCUAGGCUCCAGGGCUCCCUCUGCAACCAAUCACACUCCAGUCUGGUUCUAAACUAUGAGAAUAUCCUGGGACAUCGCUCCUUCAAACUAGUGUUUGCCAUGUCCCAGCGCCACUACAAGGUGUCAGCUCGCCGCUGGUUCACGCUAGACGCCGUGGAGAUAGAAUACGACGGUCAGAAAGCAACGUUUAACGGGAGCCGUAACGUGUACGCGCCGGCUGAGUACUCCUACCGCUGUCAGUCAGUCACUAACUUCAGAUACCCCCUCCUGGUUCCGCGCACCUCCAAAGACCCUGCUAACCAGUGGAGGGUCUCCUUCACGGACUUCCAGAUCCAGGGUUUCAACGUGGCAGGGGGAGAGUUCUCCUAUGCCAGUGACUGUGCAGGGUUCUUCAGUCCUGGUAUCUGGAUGGGACUGCUCACCAGUCUACUGAUGCUCAUGGUCCUGACCUACGGCCUCCAUAUGAUCAUGCAGCUACACACCAUGGACCGUUUUGAUGACCCCAAGGGACCUGCUAUCUCCGUACCACAGACUGACUAAUACACAUAUACCACAAGCAAAUAAUGCCCCAAACACACACACACACACACACACCUUACACUACUUGUUGAGAUCAUUCCUUUAGUCACUAUAGCAACCAGACCACUCAGCGCAUGAAAAUUAAUGGGAUAAAGAAGGGGAAUACGGGCCGGGAG